UGUAAAGGCGAUGAUACUGAUACUGCCAAAUUGACCAUGGGCAUUGGUGAAAAAAUUGACAAAGUUUGGGUCUAUGAGAGUAUUCCUGAUUUAAACCCGGAUUUGUUGGGCGGAACGGAAGCUCAAAGUGUUAACCUUAUUAGUCAGUUAACUCCAAAACCCGAACCGAAACAUUGGCGUAUCCCUAAAGGUAGUGCCAAGUCAUUCAAAUAUCGCAUUUUUGUGCCAACCCUUACAUUAAACGGUAAAAUGCAACUAAAGUGGUCAUACUAUUGGAAAUACGUCCUGUAUGACUAG